AUGGGAUUAAUACAGAAAUUUAACCGUGAAGAUAAUGUUAAGAAUAUUAAUUGGAAGCUGAGUGUAAUUCACGAAACCAAUGAAGACAGUUCUUUAUUAAAUCGAAUUCGCUCUAACAUAAGUGUUUUACAACCUGUGAAAUUGGAACUUGCUAUCGAGCUAGGCACAGCAGCAGAACCAAUAUUCAUCACACCUAAUAUUAAUGUCAUUGUUCAUAAAAAUCCAAGCCUUCGUCGCACAACAAUCACAACUCACAAUUAUGGAGCUACUAUUAGUGGAAUUACUGCAACUCAUCAUGAUACAA